CCAGCAGUGCCACCCACAAGUUCCGCCCACCUGUGCCCAGCAGUGCGCCCACUAGCUCCGCCCACCCGUGCCCAGCAGUGCACCCACCUGUGCCCAGCAGUGCACCCACCUCAGUGCCACCCACCUGUGCCCACCAGUGCCACCCACCUGUGCCCACCCACCAGUGCUGCCCACCAGUGCCACCCACCAGUGCAGCCCAGCAGUGCUGCCAGUCAGUGCCACCAGUCAGUGUCCAGCGGUUGUGCCAGUCAGUGCCACCAGUCAGUGCCCAGCAGUGAUGCCAGUCAAUGCCAUCUAUCAGUACCCAUCAUCAGUGUCACCUAUCAGUGCCGCCUAUCAGUG